AAAAUAUUUUCUAAUAAUAAUGGUUUUUUUGCUUGGUUAAAUGGCCCAAUCUAUCUUGUUUUGUUUCUAAACUUGUGUUUAAAAAUGAUUGGAUGUUCCUUUUAUUUUUGGCUUUUUUUUUGGAUGGAUAUUAUCCUCUUUAAAAUAUUUACACACAGUUUUUGGAGGUUAAAAAUAUGGAAAUUUUUUUUUCGAUGGGCGAUCAGAUUUAUCAAAUUUAAUUGGUUAAAAAUCAUGUCUUGGAUCGCUCUAUUUGGAGGGAAUCCUUCAAUAUGA